AUUUAAAUUAAAGAUGGCGGCUUUGUGGAGAGGGUACCUUCGAUUGUUAGAAAUUCAUCCUUUCAAAGUACAAGUUGCCAGUGCAGGUAUUUAAUUUAUAUUGUACACGAAGAUUCGAAAAAGCCUUGUAUUUAUAAUGUCGAUGAUCUUGAAUUUGUAGCGUUGCGCGAUCGAUUUCACGAUUUCAAAUUUUGAACCAAGCGUCAUGUGACUCAUGUCAUUUUAUUUCAUACGAGGGAAAAUAUGAAGUCCGCAGCUCAGAUAAGGAUUGUAUAAAAUGUUGAUUUGUUCCAAUGUAAAAAUAAGCACAAGGUUGAAACAGUGUUUGAUCUUGAUGAGUGGAACUCCAAUAUUUGUUUUUAAACUAGUUUAUAUUCGCGAUCUAUUGUUGUGAUUAGUUAUUUGACACACGUAAAAACGAAUAACCUGUUUCCGGUUGAUAUCGACAUGCUUGAACAAGGUUGUGCUGCAUCCUAAGAACAAGUUGUCAACAAUAUUGUAACAGCAUUGCAGGGUGUUAGCCAGACGAUUAAAAAAUUCAGCAAUUUAAUGAAGUUGGGAAAUUUCAGUUAAAUAUCAAGAUUUUGACUGGAGUAAAGGAAUAUCGUGUUUCUUAAGUGACAUUCUUGUGGCCUAGCACCAGCUGAACUAAAUUGAAACUUUGGAAGUGCAAGUCACCAGACGUUGUUUUGCAUACUAAAAACAGACAAAUAUAUAUCUUAGGCUACACGACAUCCUCGCAACACUUAUCUGGUACCCAAUUUUUCUUUGGCAAUGUUUUGAAGUUGAACCUAUGUAUAAUAGUUACACCAAAUAUAACCUGGGUACCCAGUCUGGUUCACCUCCAUAUCAACACCACCCCUUAAAGGCUCCUUGGGGUACCCCAGGUUUUUCAAAUUUCAACAAGAUCAGCUAUAGAAUACAUUUAUUUCGCUUCUAGGUAUUCUCAUUGGAAUUGGCGACUGCUGUUCACAGCAGGUUGUUGAGAGACGCGGUCGCAAACACGACUUCAGGCGCACUUUGGGAAUGGCCUCGAUAGGAGUUUUUAUCGUUGGUCCGGCACUACGAUACUGGUACAUCUUCCUAGACAGCGCUAUCAAAGGCACCAGAACCAUCGAUGCUUUGAAAAAGGUUGCAAUGGAUCAAACGUUUUUCGCACCUUGUAUAAUUGCCACAUUCUUUGGCACGACCGGAUUGCUGUUUGGUAAAACCCCAGAAGAGAUUAAAUCAAAGUUUAGAAACCAGUAUUUCAAGACUUUGCUAACGAACUACUACAUCUGGCCUGUGAUACAGACGAUUAAUUUUACUUUUGUUCCGCUACAACAUAGAGCAUUUGUCGUGAACUUCGUCGCAAUAUUUUGGAACACGUAUUUGUCCUGGGCUGCAAAUAAGCAAGAGCAAGAUCAAGAAGAUACGAAAAAAUGAUACGAAAACAAUUGACUAACCUACUAAACUAUUUAUAUAUUGAUGUUAUUAUAAUUAAACAAUAGCUUUAUUAAUUAAUAAACAAUAUUAGAAGCUUUAUUAAUUAAGAAAUAUAUGCUUUAUUAAACAAAAACUGUAUUAAUUAAACAAUAAGCUGAAUUAAUUAAACAAUAUGCUUUGUUAACUAAACAAUAAGCUUUGUUAAUUAAACAAUAAGCUUUAUUAAUUAAACAAUAUGCUUUAUUAAUUAAACAAUAAGCUUUAUUAAUUAAACAAUACGCUUCAUUUAUUAAACAAUAAACUUUAUUAAUUAAACAGCAAGCUUUAUUAAUUAAACAGCAAGCUUUAUUAAUUAAACAAUAAGCUUUAUCAAUUAAACAUAAUUAAACGAUAAGCUUUACUAAUUAAAAUGAACAGAAUUUUUAAUGCCACCUCAUGAAAUAUUUAAAUCAUUAAUUUAACAUUCAUGAUGUUUUGAAAGACAAAGGAAGUCACUGCCGGAUCGGUGGUUUAAUAUGUGAUAAAAAUUCAUAUUAAUUUAGAUAAACUUUAGCUUUGAUUUUCUCGGCUUAGACAAUGUCGAUUUUUAAAAUUACUUCGCCAAUGAACUCAUAAGAUGGUGAAAGGCAGCACUUGUAGUCGUGCUUUAUCAGGUAUAAAACACACGUGCUCUAAAUACUACAUAAAAUUUACUAUAAAAGAACUGUAAAUGAAAUAUAUUAAAUAUGUUGAUUUUCCUAUUGAAUAAAUGGUUUUUUUUGACAGAG